AUGAAGGGAAACCCCUUUGACAAUGUGUUGGGCAGCUUGAUGUAUGCUCAAGUAUGCAUUAGACCUGACAUUGCUUUCAUAGUUGGCGUCUUGGGACGAUACCAGUAUGGUCUUGGGAAUAAUCAUUGGAUUGCUGCUAAGAAAGUGAUGAGAUAUUUGCAGAGAACUAAAGAGUAUAUGCUUGUUUUUAGGAAAGAUGACAACUUGGAAAUAGUUGGGUAUACUGACUUUGAUUUUGCUGGAUGUGUUAAUGAUAGAAAAUCUACUUCCUGUUACAUAAAAAUUGGAGGUGCAAUAUCUUGGAAGAGUAAAAAGCAAACUCGUGUUGCCUCUUCUACCGUGCAAGAAGAGUUUAUUGCUUGUUAUGUUGUUGUCACUCAUGUUGUUUGGUUGAGAAAUUUAGUGAAUGGACUUCGCAUUGUUGAUUCCAUUGCUGAGCCAUUAAAUGUUUACUGUGAUAAUAGUGCAUCUGUGUUCUAA